AUGGGUUGUGCGAGUUCGAAGCAAAAACGAUGUCGGCGUUGCAAUGCUCCUUAUUCUCCUGCUCCAAGAAGCUACUCAAUGCAUGUUCAUCAUCCACCUCAGGCACAAGGUGAUAGCUACCAUGUUGUGGCACUCACUUCCACAACAUUGGGCACUCUCAAAGUCAAUUCUCCUGCUGCAACUCACAAUUUUGCUGGGAAUUGUGACCACGAUUUCAGGCUUUUCAAUGGUAAGAUUGGUAAUGCUGAAAGUUUCAGGUUUGAUAGUGAAAGCUUUGUCCAUAGGUCGGAGGAAAAAGAGAAGAAUGAGGUAUUGGAGAAGGAGAAAAGAGAAGAGUUCUCAAUGGGGCUGAUUGAAGCCAAGACUUGGUCUAGCAUGAUUGAACAAAAGUUGCCAAAAGUUUUUCCCAAGACCCCAAUUAGAACACCACCUGGUGAGCCUGAGACAAUCAACACAUGGGAACUCAUGGAAGGCCUUGAAGACACCACCCCUUUCCGGUCGCCGAGCCACUUCCGGAGCUUCUCCUUUGAUGUCAAUGGUGAUGAUGUUGGUGAUGAUGAUCCACCCAAAAAGAGUGUUGUUGCUUCUCCAAAACCCAUGUGGCUUCUGAUGACUGAGGAGGAAUCAAAACUCAAUCCUGCAAUCUCAGAUUUUGAUCCUGAAGUGAUUUCCUCAUUCAGGAAGUCCUUGCAACAACUCUCUCCAGAUAGUCCUUUCCACCUUCGACCGGCAGGGAGUGAUGAAGAUAUUCAAGGGACUAAAAAAUGGUCCUUAUUUGAGGAAAAUAAAACGAAAGGCGAUGACGUUGAUGAUGUUUUUGUGGAUGAAUUGAAGGUUGAUAAUCCAUGUGGGAAGGAUAAGGUGGUGCUGUACUUCACUAGCUUACGCGGCGUGCGAAAGACUUAUGAGGAUUGUUGCCAAGUGAAAUUGAUUCUGAAGGGAUUGGGAAUGAGGGUGGAUGAGAGGGAUGUGUCUAUGCACUCUGGGUUCAAGGAGGAGCUUAGAGAGCUACUGGGUGAUGGGUAUGGUGGUUUAGGAUUGCCAAGGGUAUUUGUUGGAAAUAAUUACAUUGGUGGAGUUGAGGAAAUUCAGAGGCUUCAUGAGGAUGGGAAGCUUGAGAAGCUUUUGGGUGGUUGUGAGAAGAUUGAGGACAGUGUUGGAGGUGAUGGAGGGGGAGUGUGCGAGGCUUGUGGGGAUAUAAGGUUUGUUCCUUGUGAAACCUGUUGUGGAAGUUGUAAAAUUUACUAUGAGGGUGAUGAAGAUGAAGAAGAAUAUGUUGAUGGUGAGAUGGGGGAGUGUGGAUUCCAGCGAUGCCCUGAUUGCAAUGAAAAUGGACUAAUUCGUUGCCCCAUGUGUUGCUGUUAG